GGAAACGGAUAGUGAAAUCAAAAGUUUUGUUAGAAAUUUGAGCUUUGUUUCGCAUGACAUUUCAUCCACAUGUUUAUACUUAUACUGGUUCUCUAAACAAAAUGCAUGUGAUGGUUGACUAUAUCCCAUUACCUCAUAGUCUCAUUUUCAGCCGCAACUGAAUGUUAUUGGUCGAUGGAAAAUCUCACACAGAUUAAUCUGUACCUUGGAAACAAGGACUGCAGUCUAAGGUGUCUUUUAUUUUGCUUUCUAUAGUCUGAUUAGUCUAGAAUGGUAGUGUUAACCCAGUCAAAUACUUUGUGUGCAUUGUAUGGAUACAUUGAUACAUUGUUGUCUCUCCCGGUGAGCUGAUGGUUGUGAAACGAAGCAGACAAGGAAGGUUUGGUUUUGGAGUCUCGAUCUCUGCAAAGGCACCAUCAAGAUUUGAGAAUCUUGGUAAACUGUCGCACUUCACUCCUUGGCGCAAGUAACUUCCCACAAACCGAACAAAAAAAGAUUGUUGCUAUUCCUGAUCGUGUGGGUAAAAACCGCCAAACAUUGUUCCCCGACCUAUAUUGCAACAUUAUCCUUAAUCAGCCUUUACCACAAAUAUUGAUCAACCAAGAAUGGAGAAUGGCGACACAACGACACCGACCACGGCGAAUUUUACACCGGGAACAACUUUCGAUGAAGAUUUGACCACUGGUAUGAUGGAUCGGAAGUCAACUGAAAUGGAGUUCAGCUUCGAGGAUCACACACAGCGAGCCAUCGUCGGCAGUGUGUUCUGCCUCGUGGCCGCAGCAGGUCUGGUCGGAAACAGCUUGGUGAUUAUGGCCGUUGUCUUAUCCCAGAAGCUUCAGACCCGCACCAAUGCCUUCGUCGUCAACCUCGCCACAACCGACUUGAUAACCUGUUUCGGUAUCAUCUUCAGUGCCGUGACGCUGUUCAGCAAGGCCGGGCUGCCCAUACCAGAGUCCGUAUGCUCCAUUGCGGGUGCUGUCACUUUUCUCGGCGGUGCAUGCAGCAUCCUGACAUUGGCUGCAAUUGCAGUUAACAGAUUUGUGCUGAUCACCAAGUCCCGUGAAACUUACUGGUCUAUGUACACAACCAAGAAGACAGCGGCCAUGUUGGUAUUUAUAUGGGCGUACGCGUUGUCCGUUUGUAGUUUGCCAUUCUUUGGGAUUGGUAAAUGGGGCUAUUCGGACAGAUACAAGUUCUGUAUCAAAGACGACUCAGCCCCAAACAGUGGUCUAUACUCUGUUUUAUACUCGGCUCUUGUAUACCCCGUCCCCUUGAUCAUCUUGAUCGUGUGUUACUACAGGAUCUACCGCCACGUCACAAACCAGUUAAAGACAUUGAAGGAGACUGGCAUUGAGAUGGACAAUACCUCAACGUCUUGUAGUGAGAGCAUCAGAGAGCGCCACAGAGAACCAGUGAAUUACAGCAACAGGCAGGUUGAGAUCACCAAGAAUCUCUUCUACGUACUGUGCGCCUUUAUCGUGUGUCUCGCCCCCUUCGCUGUAGCUCUGGCGAUACAUACAAGUGAUCCGGCCAUCCCGUGGACUGGGAUGAUUGCCUCCUUCAACAGCGCCGUCAACCCCGUCAUUUACGGGGUGAAACACCCGCACUUCAAGGAGGUGUUCCGUCACAUGCUCCGGUGUCGGUACCACAUGAUUCCGGAACCAUCUCGCUUUCUCCAGAAGAUGAGAUCGCAAUCGAACUAAUAUUUUUGGAUUCACACUUGA